AUGAAGGCCUAUGAAAGGAUGCGAUCGCUUCGAGCUCAAGGACUUUCUGAGGAAGAAGCGUGGAAUGCAAACGCCGUUGAAUUAAAUAGAUACAUCGCUCGUACAUUCGAUGAAAAAGUGAAAUCAGUAGCUGAUGGACCGUGUCGUGACACGCUCCGAGAUCUCCUUCAUCUUCAUCUUAACUAUGAACUCCUUGACAUGGCGUAUUACUUGCUAGAGGCUUCUGGCGAAGUUACGCCCGACAUCGUGUUCGCUGGUGGAUUCGUGGGAUUUCUCAGAUCAUCAGAUCAUGAGCUCAGAUCGGUAUUAGGACGGAGAGACGGUCAUGUUUAUGAGAAUUUGUACAAAUGGGCUCAAGAGAGCGAACUCAACCGAACACAGGUACUGCCGACGUUCGAAAAAUACCUCAAGCCAAUGAUGAAGGAAGCGCGGGAGCUGAGCAAAUUGUGA